UCGCCCCGGAGCUGGGAGGCUGCGGGACCAGCUGCCGCAGUCGCCGCUUCUGACGCCGCGGAGACGCACGGUCCCCUGCCGCCACCCAGCCCGGCCGAGGAGGCUGCAGUCGGAGCCCGCAGCCCGCAGCCCGCGCCUCCAGCCCACCGCCGCCCUCCGAGGGCGCUCCCGGCCGCGCCAUGGUGAAGGUGACGUUCAAUUCGGCUCUGGCCCAGAAGGAGGCCAAGAAGGACGAGGCCAAGAGCGGCGAAGAGGCGCUCAUCAUCCCCCCGGACGUCGUCGCUGUGGACUGCAAGGAUCCAGAUGAAGUGGUACCAGUGGGCCAGAGAAGAGCCUGGUGUUGGUGCAUGUGCUUUGGACUGGCUUUUAUGCUUGCAGGUGUCAUUCUUGGAGGAGCAUACCUUUACAAGUAUUUUGCACUUCAACCAGAUGACGUGUACUACUGUGGAAUAAAGUACAUCAAAGAUGACCUCCUAAGCGAGCCUUCUGCAGAUGCCCCCGCAGCUCGCUACCAGACCAUUGAGGAGAACAUUAAGAUCUUUGAGGAAGAAGAGGUUGAGCUCAUCAGUGUGCCUGUACCUGAGUUUGCAGACAGUGACCCUGCCAACAUUGUUCACGACUUCAACAAGAAACUCACAGCCUACUUAGAUCUCAACCUGGAUAAAUGCUAUGUGAUUCCUCUGAACACUUCCAUUGUUAUGCCUCCCAAAAACCUCCUGGAGUUACUUAUUAACAUAAAGGCUGGAACCUAUUUGCCACAGUCAUACCUGAUUCACGAGCACAUGGUUAUCACUGAUCGCAUUGAAAACGUUGAUCAUCUGGGUGUCUUCAUAUAUCGACUGUGCCACGACAAGGAAACUUACAAACUGCAACGCAGAGAAACCAUCAGAGGUAUUCAGAAACGUGAAGCUGGGAACUGUUUUACCAUUCGGCAUUUUGAAAACAAGUUUGCUGUGGAAACUCUGAUUUGUCAGUGAAGACUCAAGACACACAUUAUGAAGAAAAAAUGUAAACCACAGCAUAACCCCACCCUUUGUAUUUUGUGCAGUGAUUAUUUUUUAAAAUCUUCUUCCAUGUAAGUAGCAAAACAGGCUUUACUAUCUUUUCAUCUCAUUAAUUCAAUUAAAACCAUUUACCUUUUAAAAAUC